GCCGCCGCCGCCGCAGGAAUGAAAGAGGUUUCUGGUCAGCCAUGACUGUGCAUCUAAGUCCGGAUCCUCCCGUCCUCUGGGCAAUGGUGACAACAGUAGGACCUGCCUUUGGAGAUCAGCUGCCAUAAGGUUGAUGGCUGGCAUGUCGCAGAGACCACCCAGCAUGUACUGGUGUGUGGGGCCAGAAGGAUCAGCUGUGUGUCCAGAACGCACCAUGGAGACCCCCACCGGUGCCAGGGACAUGGGCAGCAAGCCAUCUACGCCAGGAGGGGACUCAACAGCGCCGCGGCCUCCUGGGACGGAGGGCAUUCACACCGCAUACAGACAGGGAGACCUUGGCAGGGCACGUGACCUGCUCAGGGAGGCCUGUGAGGACAGCACAUCCCAGCUGGAAAAGGGUCAGCUCCUGAGCGUCUCGGCAGCCCACGGGGAUCUGGAGAUGGUUCGGUAUCUACUCACCGAGAAACGCGUGGAGCUGCCCACGGAGCCCACCGACGACAACCCUGCCGUGGUGGCUGCGCAUUUCGGGCACACUGAAGUUGUUCAGGAACUGCUUGAGUCCUUAGCAGGUCCCUCCAGCCCCCAGCGCCUGCUGAACUGGAUGCUGGCCCUGGCUUGCCAGCAGGGGCACCUGGGCAUCGUGAAGCUGCUGGUCCUGACGCACGGGGCCGACCCCGAGAGCUACGCCAUUAGGAGGAACGAGUUCCCAGUCAUCGUGCGCCUGCCCCUCUACGCGGCCAUCAAGUCGGGGAACGAAGACAUCGCCAUCUUCCUGCUCCGGCACGGGGCGUUUUUCUGCUCCUACAUCCUCCUGGACAGUCCCGACCUCAGCAAGCGCCUCCUCCGGAAGUACUUCAUCGAAGCCAGCGCGCCGCCCAGCAGCUGCGCGGGGAGACCGCCACUCCGUGUGAAAUGGUCCCACCUCCGGUUGCCCUGGGUGAACCUCGACUGGCUCAUCGACAUCUCCUGCCAGAUCACGGAGCUGGACCUUUCUGCCAACUGCCUGGCUUCCCUCCCCUCUGUCAUCCCCUGGGGACUCAUCAACCUCCGGAAGCUGAACCUCUCCGACAACCACCUGGGAGAGCUGCCCAGCGUGCAGUCAUCGGACGAGAUCAUCUGCUCCAGGCUCCUUGAAAUCGACAUUUCCAGCAACAAGCUCUCCCACCUCCCGCCUGCAUUCUUGCACCUUUCAAAACUUCAAAAGCUGACAGCUUCUAAAAAUUACUUGGAAAAAUUGUUCGAAGAAGAAAAUGCCACCAACUGGAUCGGUCUGCGGAAGUUACAGGAACUUGACAUAUCUGACAAUAAACUGACAGAACUCCCCGCCCUUUUCCUGCACUCUUUCAAGUCGCUCAGUUGUCUGAAUGUCUCCAGAAACAACCUGAAGGUGUUUCCCGACCCCUGGGCCUGCCCUUUGAAAUGUUGUAAAGCGUCCAAAAAUGCCCUGGAAUCGCUGCCAGGCAAAAUGUCUGUCUUCUGGAAAAAUCACCUUAAGGAUGUGGAUUUCUCAGAAAACGCACUGAAAGAAGUUCCCUUGGGACUUUUCCAGCUUGAUACCCUCAUGUUCUUGAGGGUGCAGGGGAACCAGCUCAUGGCCCUGCCUCCGCAGGAGAAGUGGACCUGCAGACAGCUCAAAACCCUAGACCUCUCCAGGAACCAAUUUGGCAAGAGCGAAGAUGGACUUAAAACAAAGCGCAUUUCCUUUUUCACCACCAGAGGCCGCCAGCGUUCAGGGACAGAGACAGGGUGCGUGCUGGAGUUCCCGACCUUCCUGAGUGAGUCUUUGGAAGUCCUAUGUCUGAACGGGAACCACCUGGAUGCAGUCCCACCCUCGGUUUGCCUGCUGAAGAGCUUAUCAGAGCUCUAUCUGGGGAACAACCCCGGCCUCCGAGAGCUCCCUCCUGAGCUGGGGCAACUGAGCAACCUGUGGCAGCUGGAUGUGGAAGACCUGAGCAUCAGCAACGUGCCUGCAGAGGUCAGGAAGGAAGGGCCCAAAGCGAUGCUGUCCUUCCUGCGUGCUCAGCUGCGGAGGGCGGAAAGGUGCAAAGUGAUGAAGAUGAUUGUCGUGGGGCCGCCUCGCCAGGGCAAGUCCACCCUCCUGGAGAUCUUGCAGACGGGCAGGGCCCCCCAGGGGGCGCACGGCGAGGCCACCAUCAGGACAACCAAGUGGGAGCUCCAGAGGCCGGCAGGCUCCAAGGCCAAGGUUGAGUCUGUGGAAUUCAACGUGUGGGACAUCGGGGGCCCUGCCAGCAUGGCCACUGUCAACCAGUGCUUCUUCACGGACAAGGCCUUGUACGUGGUGGUCUGGAACCUGGCGCUGGGGGAGGAGGCCGUGGCCAGCCUGCAGUUCUGGCUGCUCAACAUCGAGGCCAAGGCCCCCAACGCUGUGGUGCUGGUGGUCGGAACACACCUGGACCUAAUCGAAGCCAAAUUCCGAGUGGAGAGAAUCGCGACUCUGCGCGCCUACGUGCUGGCGCUGUGCCGCUCACCCUCAGGGUCCAGAGCCACCGGCUUCCCAGACAUCACCUUCAAACACUUACAUGAGAUCUCCUGCAAGAGCUUGGAAGGCCAGGAGGGCCUGCGGCAGCUGAUCUUCCACGUCACAUGCAACAUGAAGGACGUGGGCAGCACCAUCGGCUGCCAGAAGCUGGCGGGGAGGCUGAUCCCCAGGAGCUACCUGAGCCUGCAGGAGGCUGUGCUGGCGGAGCAGCAGCGCCGAAGCCAGGGAGACGACGUGCAGUAUCUGACAGACAGGCAGCUGGAGCAGCUGGUGGGGCAAACACCUGACAACGACAUCACAGACUACGAGGACCUGCAGUCAGCCAUCAACUUCCUCAUAGAAACGGGCUCACUCCUGCACUUUCCCGACACCAGCCGCGGGCUGAGGAACCUCUACUUCCUCGACCCCAUUUGGCUGUCCGAGUGUCUGCAGAGGAUCUUCAACAUCAAAGGCUCCCGCUCGGUGGCCAAGAACGGGGUGAUCCGCGCAGAGGACCUCAGGAUGCUGCUGGUGGGGACGGGCUUCACGCAGCAGACUGAGGAGCAGUACUUCCAGUUCCUGGCCAAGUUUGAGAUCGCCCUACCCGUCGCCAAUGACAGCUACCUCCUGCCACACCUCCUUCCAUCCAAGCCUGGCCUGGACACUCAUGGCAUGAGGCACCCUACAGCCAACACCAUCCAGCGGGUGUUUAAAAUGAGCUUCGUGCCCGUUGGCUUCUGGCAAAGGUUCAUAGCACGGAUGCUGAUCAGCUUGGCCGAAAUGGAUCUGCAGCUUUUUGAAAACAAGAAGAAUACUAAAAGCAGAAACAGGAAAGUCACCAUUUACAGCUUUACAGGAAACCAGAGAAACCGCUGCAGCACAUUCAGAGUGAAAAGAAAUCAGACCAUCUACUGGCAGGAAGGGCUCCUGGUCACUUUCGAUGGGGGCUACCUCAGCGUGGAGUCUUCCGAUGUGAACUGGAAAAAGAAAAAGAGCGGUGGGAUUAAAAUCAUCUGCCAAUCAGAAAUGAGGGACUUCUCGGCGAUGGCGUUCAUCACAGAUCACGUGAAUUCUUUGAUUGAUCAGUGGUUUCCCGCCCUGACGGCCACUGAAAGUGAUGGGACCCCCCUCAUGGAGCAGUACGUGCCCUGCCCAGUCUGUGAGACGUCUUGGGUGCAACAUGCUGACCCCAGUGGGAAGUCGGAGGACGUGCAGUACUUCGACAUGGAGGACUGCGUGCUGACGGCCAUCGAGCGUGACUUUAUCUCCUGCCCCAAACACCCAGACCUCCCGGUGCCACUCCAGGAGCUGGUGCCUGAGCUGUUCAUGACCGACUUCCCUGCCAGGCUUUUCCUGGAGAACAGCAAGCUGGAGCACAGCAAGGAUGAGAGCAGCAUUCUGGGCCAAGGGGGCAGCGGCACCGUGAUCUACCGGGCCCGGUACCAGGGCCAGCCCGUGGCUGUGAAGCGAUUCGACAUCAAGAAAUUCAAGAAUUUCGCUAAUGCGCCGGCAGAUACCAUGUUGAGGCACCUGCGGGCCACAGACGCCAUGAAGAACUUCUCGGAGUUCCGGCAAGAGGCCAGCAUGCUGCAUGCCCUGCACCACCCGUGCAUUGUGGCGCUUGUCGGCAUCAGCAUCCACCCACUCUGUUUUGCCCUGGAGCUCGCCCCACUCAGCAGCCUCAAUACUGUGCUGUCCGAGAAUGCAAGAGAUUCUUCCUUCAUGCCUCUGGGACACAUGCUAACACAAAAAGUAGCCUACCAGAUUGCCUCCGGCUUGGCCUACCUGCACAAGAAGAACAUCAUUUUCUGUGACCUGAAGUCGGACAACAUUCUGGUGUGGUCCCUGGACGUCAAGGAGCACGUCAACAUCAAGCUGUCAGACUACGGGAUCUCGAGACAGUCCUUUCAUGAGGGCGCCCUGGGUGUGGAGGGCACACCUGGCUACCAGGCCCCAGAGAUCAGGCCUCGCAUAGUGUACGAUGAGAAGCGCCCACUGGCCCUGUCCGUGGUGAGCCAGAUGAAGGACCCGACCUUUGCCACCUUCAUGUACAUGCUGCCCUGCGGGAAGCAGACGGCCUUCUUUUCCCCCCAGGGCCAAGAGUACACGGUGGUGUUUUGGGACGGGAAAGAGGAAUCCAGGAACUACACGGUGGUGAAUACAGAGAAGGGGCUUCUGGAAGUGCAGAAGAUGGCCUGUGCUGGCAUGAGGCUGAGCUGCCAGCUCAAGGUCCAGAGCUCGCUGUGGACGGCCACCGAGGACCAGAAAAUCUACAUCUACAGCCUUAAGGGCAUGUGCCCCUUGAGUGCACCCCAGCAGGCCUUGGACACCCCGGCUAUCGUCACCUGCUUCUUGGCGGUACCUGUCAUUAAAAAGAACUCCUUUCUGGUGCUGGCAGGCCUGGCUGAUGGGCUGGUGGCUGUGUUUCCCGUGGCGCGGGGCAUCCCCAGGGACAGUUGCUCCUACCUGUGCUCACACACAGCCAACAGGUCCAAGUUUGGCAUCCCGGACGAAGACAUGCGGCAGAACCCAUACCCAGUGAAGGCGAUGGAGGUGGUCAACAGCGGGUCAGAGAUCUGGUACAGCAAUGGACCAGGCCUCCUCAUCAUCGACUGUGCGACCCUGGACAUCAGCAGGCGGCUGGAGCCCUAUGCCGCCCCCUCAGUGAUCACAUCGGUCGUGUGCAGCUCUGACUGUAGAGGGGAGGAGGUUGUCUGGUGCCUGGAUGACAAGACCAACUCCUUGGUGAUGUACCAUUCUGCCACCUACCAGCUGUGUGCCCGAUAUUUCUGUGGAGACCCCAGCCCCCUCAGGGACAUGUUCCCUGUGCAGCCCUCAGGGGCGGAACCCCUGGACAGUCACACGGCCAGCCCAAAGGAGCCUGAAGGAGACGGCAUCGCAGAUGUGAGCAUCAUGUACAGCCGGGAGCUGGGCACGCAGAUCCUGACCCACCAAGACUCACUGACUGACUACUGCUCCAUGUCCUCCUACUCUUCAUCCCCUCCGCCCCGGGCCACCGGGUGCCCCUCAAGCCUGCGCAGCUCCCCAGCCAGCUGUUCCAGCAUGCCUUUCUCUGGGGAUUUCGAGGGCUCUGACCGGCUGCAGGAGUCCGUCACCACCUCAGACAGAUCUGAGCACGACCUGACCCCCAUGGACGGUGAGACAUUCAGCCGGCACCUGCAAGCUGUGAAGGUCCUUGCGGUCAGAGACGUCAUUUGGGUUCCCAGGCAUGGUGGAGAUGUCAUUGUCAUCGGCCUGGAGAAGGAUUCGGGCGCCCAGCGGGGCCGAGUCAUCGCUGUCUUAAAAGCCCGGGAACUGACUCCACAUGGGGUGCUGGUGGACGCGGCCGUGGUGGCAAAGGACACAGUGGUGUGUGGCUUUGAGAAUGACAACACCGAGUGGCACCUGGCUGUCUGGAGGGGCUGGGGGACCAGGGAGUUUGACAUUUUCUACCAGUCCUACGAAGAGCUGGGCCGGCUGGAGGCGUGCAUGCGCAAGAGAAGGUAAUUCCUGCGGAAGAAGUGCGCUGCACACUGGCCAGCCUGGGCUGCGGCCUCCCCACCUGCUGCAGCCCCUGGGGACCCUGAGACUUGUGGGUUUUCUCCUCAUCCUGUGCUGCUAAGAAGUGCUGAGAAGGGACCUGCCUCGCAGGUCGGGAGUUCUCAGGUUCUGCAGGGCAGUUACCUGGAUGCCCCGCCCCCCUCCUCCCUAUGCUGGUUUUACAGCCCAUGAGAGUGUGGCAGGGUCCUUGGGAGACGCCUCCUCCUGGCCCUCCACGGCUGCUAGGAGCAAGGGAGGAGGAUCCCACUCCGGGCUGGGUCCCACAGAAGGAGGCAGGACCUCCCUGGCAUGAUGAACCCACCCGGUAUUCAGCCCCAAGUUUCAGAUAAAGUUACACUAGAGACUCUCAGCUGAGGAGCAGCUCAGGCAGGGCAGGAGGAGGGCUGUGACCCCUGCCCCUUCCCCACAACACCCUAGUCUCUCAGCCCAUUUCACAGGCUCCAGAGUCCCUGGAGUGUGGGGCCCCGCUUGGGCAAGCCACGAUCAGAUAUCUCCCACUCAGCGAAGCCUCUAUGUGGGAAACUCCUGUAAGGACACCGGGCAAUGAAUGAGUUUCUUCAGGCGCCGGAAAGCCCAGCGCGAGAGGGCCUGCUUGCCUCUACAUUCUUCUGUCCCCAACAAAAGGAAGGGGAAACCCCAUCCGAAGGACUGGAGAAAGGGCCUUGUGUGUAUAGCUUGGUAAAAUAAACUUGGACGCAGCUGGAGCACAGGCCCUGUUUGUUUGCACAUCAUAAUCUUGUUUAUCGCUUUAACAAAUUAAGUAAUAUCUCAGCGGUUAGGCCGCUGGUUAUGAAAUCACAUCGUAUGGAGCUUAUACCAAACUCUGUAUCUGCGCCACACUUUCUGCACACACGGGCAGCAGACUGCAGAGCGCAGUUGUUCACAGGGCCAUGUGGCACCACUGCGAGCACUCGCGGGUAUACACAGCUAUGUCCUGGCCAGGAGUGAUCACUGUGGCUGCUUAAGCCAGGAUGGGGAGUUUGAAUGGAAGAUCAAGCUCUGCCUCAAGUUCUCGAAGCUUUGCUCAAGUUAAAUUAUAAAAAUCCAACUUGAGAUGUGCUGGGGUGUGCGGGCAGAUGUGACUCCUUUGAUCGGAAAAUAAACAAAUUCUUAA